UUAUCUGAAAUUGUAUAUUGUUUAUAGAAACUAUUUUUUAUUAAACAGUUUAAUUUUCAAGAAAAAUAAAAUCAUAUUUUGUCCCCAGAUUCGGAACCCUCACCUCCUUGACCAGAAUCCUGCAUCAAUCCAGAAAACAAGUAUAGGAAUUAUAUGCCCAUUUACACAUAUACGAUAUACAAUUUUCUGUGAUUCAAUUCUGAUGCUGAGUUUCUGGUCUGGGUUUUUCGAGUUUUAAUCUUUUGGGGGUCUACAUACAUUCUUUAGGAUUCUUGAUGAUUUCUCUGUUCCCAAAUCUUGUUGAGUAGGUCAUUUAACAUGCAUAGAUUAUAGACACACAUAUUCAUGCACUUUUGCCCAUUUCAUUCAUUUAGUGAACAUUAUUGGUGUUGGUUUUGAUUGGUAGAAUCUGGGUUCUUGAGGUUCUGAGGGUAACCAUCUAUUGGAAUUAAUUUGCUUGUGCCCUUUAGGAUUUUGGGUUCUUCAGAAAGAAUUGAUAUUUGGGACUUUGGGUGGUAUUUGAGACAAGUUCUGGCCUUAUUUUACUGUUCAAGUGGAUACUGAGUUUUGGCUGAUUUGUGUUUUUUAAUGGUGGGUUAGAAUUGGGACAAUAAUUGCCAAAAUUUGAGUAUAAAGAUACAUUGGAAAUCGAAUGGCUGGUGAAAGUUGAUUAUGCGAAUUUGGAGCUCAUCUGUUUGGCAGAACAAGUUGUUCCCAAGAGAUGGGCGGCUUUUGUUCUAAGGAAUCAGAAGUAAGUGAUUAUGGCACUGAUGAUGAGGCAAGUAAAGAAAAGGAGUCGAGUAAGUCUUCAGUACCGAUUAAACUAGAUUUAACUAAUCCUGUCACAGAAGGAUCUGAGCAUUCUAAGCAUAAGCCGGGACUUGAAAGAAACGGGUCAUCUGUUACUGCUUCAAAAGUUGAGGAUGAUGGGAAAACAAGAACCUUUGAGAGGCCUAGAGGUGGACACCGGAGGGGAUCAACUGUGGAUCUUGGAAUGAGUAGGGUCGUGAGUAUGCCUGACAGCGUAAGGGGAGAACAAUCGGCUGCCGGAUGGCCAACCUGGCUAAGUGCAGUUGCUGCCGAGGCCAUUCAUGGGUGGCUUCCUCGAAGUGCAGAUUCGUUUGAAAAAUUAAACAAAAUUGGUCAAGGGACAUAUAGUAGUGUUUACAAGGCCCGAGACCUUACAAAUAAUAAAAUUGUUGCCAUGAAGAAGGUAAGGUUUGUGAAUAUGGAUGCAGAAAGUGUUCGCUUCAUGUCAAGGGAAAUAUGUAUCUUGCGAAGAUUGGACCACCCAAAUGUUAUGAAACUUGAGGCUGUUGUCACGUCAACAAUGUCAGGGAGCUUAUAUCUUGUGUUUGAAUACAUGGAGCACGACCUUUCUGGGCUUGCGAUAGCUCAUGGGUCCAAGUUUACUGAAUCACAGAUUAAGUGCUAUAUGCAACAACUGCUUUCUGGAUUGGAUCACUGUCACAGUCGUGGUGUACUUCACCGAGACAUCAAGGGUUCAAAUCUUCUCCUCAAUGAUAAUGGUAUUAUGAAGAUUGGAGACCUUGGUCUGGCUACAAUUUUCUAUCCCGACCAAAAGCAGCCAUUAACAAGUCGAGUUGUAACUCUGUGGUAUAGAGCUCCCGAGCUUUUGCUCGGUGAAACUAACUAUGGAGUGGCCAUUGAUAUGUGGAGUGCUGGUUGCAUCCUUGCAGAAUUAUUUGCCGGGAAGCCUAUAAUGCCGGGAAGAACAGAGGUAGAGCAAGUGCAUAAAAUCUUCAAGCUUUGUGGGUCGCCUUCUGAGGAAUAUUGGCAGAAAACGAGGUUGCCUCUCGCCACUAGUUUUAAACCACAGCAGCCAUACACACGCUGCGUCACCGACACCUUCAAGGACUUUCCUCCUUCAGCUUUAACUCUUCUUGACACCCUACUUUCAAUAGAACCCGAGGAGCGUGGGACUGCUGCUUCUGCACUAAGUAGUGCGUUCUUCACAACAAAACCGCCACCCUGUGAUCCAUCAUGUUUACCCAAAUACCCUCCAAGUAAGGAACUUGACGCAAGGAUUCGAGAUGAGAAGGAAAGAAGGAAAAAAGCUGAGAGUGUGAAAGGGCGUCGAGGUGAAAAUAGGAAGAAGAAUUCAAGAGAAUCUAACGGACCACCUGCAGAAUUCAAUGCUCAGAGACAGAAUUUGCAGGGGCAGUCAAAUAACACCCCAAGUAGAGCAGGCUUCCAUAAUGAGCCACCACCGGAAAAUUAUAAGAAUGGGAUCACUCAUUCCAAUUCGGUGAUUCAUCCGAAUGCAUGUAGUCGCAAAGAAAAGGAUGUAGGAGGUCAAACAGUCCACAGACUGACCCAUCAUGGUGGAGAGAUGCUAAGUCAUGGUUUUCAAAAGACUCGACAUGUUAAAGAGUUGUCGAGUACUUUGAGAGACCAGGAUACCGGAGUUUAUGUUCCGAAGAGAAAUAGGAUUCAUUGCUCUGGGCCAUUGAUGCCUCCCGGGGGAAACAUGGAAGACAUGCUGAGGGAACAUGAGAGACAAAUUCUAGAGGCAGUUCGCAAAGCCAAGACCAAAAAUAAGUGAUAAGAUUAAGUCGAUCAGUUUCAGUAGAAAUGAUGACGAGGGAGAGAGCGCUUGGAAUCACGAGCACAAUAGUGGUCUGGUUCAGGAGCCAACAUAAUUUGGAUUUGGUACAAAGGUGAGAAACUUAAGAUAAUUUAUACAGAAAGAAGAAGAGAAUUCUGCCUAUAAGUUGGUUGAACAGUAUGGAGAUGUUUGCUUUGCUCAACCAUAUGGUUUAUACACAAUACAUGUAUACAAUGUAAAUCCUUCUCUUAUUUUAAUAGUCAACAUGGUCUGCAAAUUUGAAGUUCACUAGGUGGCCUCUGUAACCUGUCCAAAAGUUCAAUUUUGUUAGUUAGAGAGAUUAGUCCUACCCUACUCUCCUUUUCUUUCAAUGAGAAGUGCAGUAUAUAUGUGCCUUUUCACUAGAAAAGUGAAAGUGAUUUUCCUGUUUCAUU